CCGCCGCUGAUAGAUUCCUCGGCCAACCCCCACCGGCCGCCGCUCGUCGCCUCGAGUCUCCAAAUCACCCGCAGCUUCCACUUCCGCCGCCGUGCACUCGAGGUUUGAUCCCCAUCAGUUGGGGAUGGCAAGGAGGUCCAGGAAGAAGAAGCAGCCCGCUGCGACUGCGAGCCUCCCCGACGACCUCCUCCUGGAGAUCCUGGCGCGGGUGCCCUACAGGUCGCUCUGCCGCUUCAAGUGCGUCUCGCAAUCAUGGCGCGCCCUCUGCUCCGACCACGACCUCCGCAAGAGGUCACCGCAGACCCUAUCAGGAUUCUUCUGCCACGCUCGCGACAGCCGCGUCCGGUUCGUCAAUCUGUCGGGGAAAGGCCGGCCUCUUGUCGACCCCGAACUCCUCUUCCUGCGUGACUUGGCCGCAUUCGGCAUCAUCCUUGUGGACUGCUGCAGCAGCCUUCUCCUCUGCAAAUGCUUCAAGACUUAUUUCGACGCAGAUUGGGUAGUUUGCAAUCCUGCAACUCAGAAGUGGACUGUGUUGCCUGCUACGGAAGCGCUGCAUUGUUCCAACACUUUCACCAUACGUUUGGGCUUCGACCCGGCCACCCCCACCCGCUUUCAGGCAUUUGUGCUCAAGCAGGAUGCCUACAUUGAUGGUCGAAUCACUGGAGUGGAGAUCUACUCAUUGGAAACUGGACGAUGGAUUUCCAUCAAGAGCGAGUGGGGCAGAGAAACUUGUGUGCAUCUUGUUGAUUCACAAUUUGCCUUCUUCAAUGGCACUCUGCAUUUCACGACUUUUCAUUCCUCUGCCCGAGAUGAUUCUUUUUGUCCGAAAGAUUCUACAUGUGAAUGUGAUUAG